CCCAAGCGUCCGAGAAUAGCCGCCAAAUCAUUCGAGAACUGAACGCAGAAGUAAAGAACGGACACCUCAUCCAGCGACGGCUGGGACGCUUGAUUGCCUCCGGACCCGCGCCCGUCCGCCCCUUCUCUCCUGCGAUACGAUUCUUCCCAGCUCUCCGGCCCUUCGACCCCCUUCCCUUCAGUGCAUUCUGCCUGCUGCCGUUCCUGUUAUUUGUAUCAGAUUGAUAACAUAUUUGGAAUAAAAGGUUUGAUCAAUGCUCCUGUGGUAUUCAAUCAUCUAAUUAUGUAGGUCCAAAGUUGGCGGGUGUGUACUUCUCCUAAAAUAAAUGUUCUAUUGCGACAUUUGAGGGGUUUCUUGAACAAUGCUAGUGAGGCGUGCAUCUUGGAGCUAUGUGUCUUCUUCCCGCAGCUUCUCUUCGUUCAAGUCUACCAAUUUUCUCAAGUGUGGGGAUGUUCUUAAGCAAGCUCAGGUAUUUACAGAUGAAGAUGUGCUUGCUUACUCUAGAAUGAGCCACGACACAAACCCUUUGCAUUUUGACCCUGAAUGGGCUAAGGCUGCUGGAUUCAAAGACAGGGUUGUUCCUGGAAUGCUCAUCGCCUCCUUAUUUCCCAGAACCAUUGCUUCAAAUUUCGAGCUGUAUAUGUUUCUCAAACAUUACACUUCAAGCUACCAGUGUACAUCGGAGAGGAGAUAGUUGGCGAAAUAUGUACAACAAAUAUCAAGGAUCUGAAAACCAAACAUGUGGCCAAAUUCUCCACAAAAUGCUUCAAACACGAUGGCUCUCUGGUUAUUGAUGGCGAGGCAACAGCUAUUUUGAGGAAUCUGAAGGCAGAGCAAGUGUAAUUGGUGCAGUAUUUAAUUGAAAUUAGGUGGUGAUUUGUAGAACAUAGCCAUUAUCGAUUAAUAUAGUACUCCCUCCGAUUCAAAAACAAGUUCCACUUCACUAUUCAUUGGUCAACUUAAGUCACUCCUAAUCAUUUAUUAUAUAUAUCAAAUUUUUAUUAAAUUGAAAUUUUCUUGAUCAGGUUUUGUAGCGGUUUUAAUGUAGUUUCUUAAUAUGUAAAUUUUAUUUACUAAAAAUAAUCCAAGUGUGAACAGGGGUCGAGUUGCUUUAUCGUCAGUCAAGCAUCGUAAACCGAACUGGAACUUAAUUUUGAAUCGGAGGGAGUAACAAAAUUGAAGUUUAAACUAUGAAGAAAUUCAGUACUUUAAAAGGAGUGCACAUCAUCUUUCUUGUCCAGCAGUUACGCUUGUACUCCGUAUUAAUUUGCCACAUAAAAUUCAAUAUGCUGGCUUUUUUUUUUAAUUUUAAAAUAAGGCCCACAUUGUGUAUGUGAGAAGGAAAUCUUAAUCCUCAACGUAACAAUAAUGUAAAAAACCUGAAGUCUAU